GCCUCUCUUUCCCGGAACCCCACUGCCUUGUGGGACCGUUGCUGGUUCCUCCGGCCUGGGCAGGUUUUCCGGACUCCUCCGCUCCACCUCCCUCCUCGGGUACGGAAGCUGAGAGAGUGUGAGGACUGCCAUGGCGGCGCACCUCAAGAAGCGGGUGUACGAGGAAUUCACUAAGGUGGUUCAGCAACAGCAGGAGGAAAUUGCUACUAAGAAACUCCGACUGACAAAACCAAGUAAAUCUGCAGCACUCCACAUAGAUCUGUGUAAGGCUACCUCCCCAGCAGAUGCUUUGCAGUACCUACUUCAGUUUGCCAGGAAGCCUGUGGAGGCAGAAAGUGUGGAGGGAGUAGUCAGGAUUCUCUUGGAACAUUAUUACAAGGAGAAUGAUCCAUCUGUGAGACUGAAAAUUGCAUCAUUGUUGGGUUUACUGUCAAAGACUGCAGGAUUUUCACCAGACUGCAUUAUGGAUGAUGCCAUUAACAUCCUGCAGAAUGAAAAGUCUCAUCAAGUCCUAGCUCAGCUGUUGGACACUUUGCUUGCAAUUGGCACUAAACUCCCAGACAAUCAAGCUAUCCAGAUGCGAUUAGUUGAUGUAGCCUGCAAGCACCUGACAGAUACCUCGCAUGGUGUAAGAAAUAAGUGCCUGCAAUUACUUGGCAAUCUGGGUUCUUUGGAGAAAAGUGUCACAAAAGAUGCAGAAGGCCUAGCUGUCAGAGACGUCCAGAAGAUUAUAGGGGAUUACUUCAGUGACCAGGACCCACGUGUCAGAACAGCAGCUAUAAAAGCCAUGUUGCAGCUCCAUGAAAGAGGACUGAAAUUAUACCAAACAAUUUAUUCUCAGGCUUGUAAAUUGCUCUCUGAUGACUAUGAACAAGUGCGCAGUGCUGCAGUCCAGCUUAUCUGGGUUGUCAGUCAGCUGUAUCCUGAAAGCAUUGUCCCAAUCCCUUCUUCUAAUGAAGAAAUUCGCUUAGUUGAUGAUGCGUUUGGAAAAAUUUGUCACAUGGUCAGUGAUGGCUCCUGGGUGGUUCGAGUUCAAGCUGCAAAGCUAUUGGGCUCUAUGGAGCAAGUCAGUUCUCAUUUCUUGGAACAGACGCUUGACAAGAAGCUGAUGUCAGAUCUGAGGAGGAAACGCACUGCACAUGAACGUGCCAAGGAACUUUACACUUCGGGAGAGUUUUCCAGCGGCAGGAAGUGGGGAGAUGAUGCUCCCAAGGAAGAAGUAGAUACGGGGGCUGUGAACUUGAUCGAGUCAGGAGCUUGUGGAGCCUUUGUUCAUGGACUGGAAGAUGAGAUGUAUGAGGUCCGCAUUGCUGCUGUAGAGGCGCUCUGCAUGCUGGCCCAGUCUUCACCCUCUUUUGCUGAAAAGUGCCUUGAUUUCCUGGUUGACAUGUUUAAUGAUGAAAUUGAGGAGGUACGUCUACAGUCCAUACAUACCAUGAGAAAAAUCUCUAACAAUAUCACCCUUCGAGAGGAUCAGCUUGACACUGUCCUGGCUGUGUUAGAGGAUUCAUCCAGAGAUAUUAGAGAGGCUCUUCAUGAACUCUUAUGCUGCACUAAUGUUUCAACCAAAGAAGGGAUUCAUCUUGCACUGGUGGAGCUGCUGAAAAAUUUAACCAAGUACCCUACUGAUAGGGACUCCAUAUGGAAAUGCUUGAAGUUUCUGGGAAGUCGGCAUCCAACCCUGGUGCUUCCCUUGGUGCCGGAGCUCCUGAGCACCCACCCGUUUUUUGACACAGCUGAACCAGACAUGGAUGAUCCAGCUUACAUUGCAGUUUUGGUUCUUAUUUUCAAUGCUGCUAAAACCUGUCCAACAAUGCCUGCAUUGUUCUCAGAUCAUACCUUCAGACACUAUGCCUACCUCCGAGACAGUCUUUCUCAUCUUGUUCCUGCCUUGAGGUUACCAGGUAGAAAACUAGUGUCAUCAGCUCUUUCUCCCAAUAUCAUGCCUCAUGAGGAUCCUUCCCAUCAGUUCCUGCAGCAGAGCCUUGAAAGGGUAUACAGUCUUCAACACCUGGACCCUCAAGGAACUCAGGAGCUGCUAGAGUUCACCAUCAGGGAUCUGCAAAGACUUGGAGAACUUCAGUCUGAAUUGGCAGGAGUAGCUGACUUCUCUGCUACCUAUCUUAGGUGUCAACUUCUUCUCAUCAAGGCCUUGCAGGAAAAGCUGUGGAAUGUGGCUGCCCCUUUGUAUGUGAAGCAGAGUGAUUUGGCCUCAGCAGCAGCAAAACAGAUCAUGGAAGAAACCUACAAAAUGGAGUUCAUGUAUAGUGGCGUGGAGAACAAGCAGGUGGUGAUUAUCCAUCACAUGAGGCUGCAGGCCAAAGCCUUGCAACUUAUAGUAACAGCACGGACUGCUCGAGGAGUUGACCCCUUAUUUGGGAUGUGUGAAAAAUUUUUACAGGAAGUGGACUUUUUUCAGAGGUGUUUCAUCGCUGAUUUGCCCCACCUGCAGGACAGCUUUGUGGACAAACUUCUUGACCUCAUGCCCCGACUCAUGACAUCCAAACCUGCAGAAGUGGUCAAAAUUCUACAUACCAUGCUGCGGCAGAGUACCUUCCUACACCUCCCCCUUCCAGAGCAGAUCCACAAAGCCUCAGCCACCAUUAUUGAGCCAGCGGGCGAGUCAGACAACCCUUUGCGGUUUACAUCUGGGUUGGUGGUGGCCCUGGAUGUCGAUGCAACCCUGGAACAUGUGCAGGAUCCUCAGAGCACUGUGAAGGUCCAGGUCUCAUAUCCAGAUGGCCAAGCUCAGAUGAUCCACCCUAAGCCGGCAGACUUUCGGAAUCCCGGCCCAGGGCGGCACCGGCUUAUCACUCAGGUGUAUCUCUCCCACACUGCCUGGACAGAACCGUGCCAGGUGGAAGUGAGACUGCUGCUGGCCUACAACUCCAGUUCACGCAUUCCAAAAUCCCCCUGGAUUGAGGGUGGUGAGAUGUCAUCCCAGGUGGAAACCAGCAUCGAGGGCACCAUCCCCUUCAGCAAGUUUGUAAAAGUUUACAUAAUGCCCAAACCCGCAAGGCGCUGAGUCACAAGUAGUCUUUACAGCCGUGGCCUAGAAGGCCCUUCUUGGGAUCAGAGUGAGCCAGAAGCCUGGAGCAUUUCAGCUGGACAUGGUAUAUAGGCAUAAGGAAGAACAUGUGACCCUUAUAGUCUCAUCUGGUAUCAAACAUUGGAUAAAUUAUUUUGCAUUAAGAAAACAAAAACCUUCAAGUCUAUCCCAUCCCCCACCCCCUACCUCCCUAGCCUUGCCCCCAGUAAAGUUGAGACACCAAGCUGUUCUAGAAAUCUGUGUAGCUAUAGGUUCAACAUUUAUACCGCAGGCCUACAUUCUUCAGGUGUGAAACAAAAAGAUCCAAUUUUCUAGCCCCUUCCAAAGAACCAGUUAUUGGAGCCAUAAUCUUAUUUCUUUAAAGCAAUAGUCUGUUUGCCAGGGCCAACUCCAAAGCAGCUUUCACAGCUGUACGUUUUCACCACCGACAGUUCCUGAAGGGCCCUAGACUUUCGUUAUCUUGCUGAGAGUCUCCUUCCUUAACUCAGGCAAUAGCUGGCCAAGGACUGAAUGAACAGCUGAAGAAUGAAUCACUUUCAUCCCUCAGGGAAAUUCUUGAUCUUGCCUGCCAUUAUCCUUAGAACAAAAAUAUGAGAGAAGGGCCAUAUUUUACAAAAGAAACCAGGAUUAUGGGAAAGAGGGACCCAGUGUAAGAAACAAAGUCAUUUCCCACUACUUCUCUGAUGACUCCAGCGCUGGAGCUGCAUGUGAGCUGAAGGUGCAGCGGGGGUCUAAGAACAGUAAAGGCUCCAGAGAUGUGAACCACGUGAGGGCCUGUGCUAUGUUCUUUACCUGUCAUUUUAUCCUUGCAACAGCCAAGUGAGACUAAGAGGUUAAGUCACUGGUAGGAAAACUGUAAUAACGCCUUUACUCAUUCAAAUCCAAGAUGAUUCCAAAGGCCUGAGCUAUACCAUAUGGAAAAGAACCUUCAAAUUUUCUCUCUGUGCCUCAGUUUUUUCAUCUGUAAAACAGAGGUAAUUAUACCUUAAGGGUUGUUGAAUGGGUUUAAUUAAAU